AUGAAAAAGAUGUUAUUAAACGAAGAUACCAUUCGUUCACUCCGAGUAGCUAAAAUUUUCCGAGAAAAUAAUGAUAAAAUAAAUGCAGCUGAUUUUUCGAAGAAUGGAGAGUUACUUAUAUGUAGCAGUCAAGAUGAUUCUAUUGUAAUUUAUGAUUGUUUGAAGGGAACAACUAAAAGAACUAUCUAUAGCAAAAAGUAUGGUGUGGAUCAUAUACAGUUCACUCACGCGCCGAAUACCGUAAUCCACUCCUCAUCAAAGGUUGAUGAUACUAUUCGAUAUUUGUCAUUGCAUGACAAUAAAUAUUUACGCUAUUUUAAUGGUCACACAAAGAGAGUUGUAUCACUUAAUAUGUCACCUACAGAAGAUAAAUUCAUUUCGACGUCGCUAGAUCAUACUGUACGACUAUGGGAUUUAAGAUCGCCUAAUUGUCAAGGGCUAAUGCAUGCUAAUGGAAGAGCCAUAGCGUCUUUUGAUCCAGAUGGACUAAUAUUCGCCGUAGGUAUCAAUUCUCAGCAAGUAAAGCUAUACGAUGUCCGAUCAUUUGAUAAGGGACCAUUUUCUACAUUUCAACUGUCAGAGGAACAUCUUCGUGAUUGGACCGGGCUAAAGUUCAGUGGCGACGGCAAAAUGAUCUUAAUUUAUAGUAACGGAAAUUUUAUUCAACUACUCGAUUCUUUCAAUGGAGACGAGCUACGAAAUUUUAGUGUACAUAUUUUUUAUAUAGCUGUUUCCUUAGAAGCUUCUUUUACCCCGGAUUCACAAUUUAUCUUAUCAGGCUCAGCUGAUGGUCAAGUUCAUAUAUGGAAUACAGAUACUGGCGAUAAAGUUGCUGUUUUACAGGGACAUCAUCCUAGUGCUGUACAGUGCAUUAAGUUUAAUCCGAAGUAUAUGAUGAUGAUAAGCGCAUGUACUAAUACGGCUAUUUGGAUAACGGAGAGCAAUGAAGAAGGGUAG